UGCUAGGUCAAACGGUGGAUUCUCAAAUGUUAAACAUUGAAAUUUUUUAAAGUUAGGUUAAAUAUUUGAAUUCCUAAAAUGCAAUGCGUAAUAUGCAACUUGAUUAAGGUACAGUUGAUACGAAUUACGGCGAAUUUAUUUUUUAAAAAUUGUAUAAAAUUUCAAAUGAAUAAACUGCUAACAGGAAUUUGAAUUGCUGAUGAAGUUAUGUAUGUGAAGUGGUUUCUGACGUUCCGUUAAAAAGUUGCAGACGACAAUAGGAAUUGUUUCGGGGCAGGUAACAUACCGGGGCAGACACACUUCUGCUGCAGUCACUCCGGUAAACAGAAAAACUGUGCUCGGUUUUUUUAGAGUAAACAAAACAAAUAAAUCAUUGUUUACAUACUUUUGGUGAACCCCGUUGAAAGCUGUGUGUAUUAUGGUUAGUACAUGCAAGGACACUUAUUUUUAUUGUUUUAUUUAAAGAAAUUAACUCUAAAUUUGUGUUUUUUAAAAUUGAAAUCAUAAUUUAAAAAUACUUUUAUGAACUUGUGAGGAUAAUAUAAAGUAAUUAGAAUUUUUUAUACUAGAUUUUUUUUGUGCCUGUUUGGAAAACUAAGAAUUUAAUAGGAUGCAGGCACUAAUAUAUCAUUUCUUCGGAUGUUAAUUUGAAUGAUGUAGCGUUGAAAAUGCACCAGACUUAAUGUGUACAGCAUUUGUUAGCAGUAUAAAAUCACCGGAGUACCAGCACCAUGUUGACAUAAGACAAUCCUACCCAGGGCUGCGGAUUAAAUCAUUUGAUUAGUGUACGGUUUGUUUUGAGAGAUUUGGAUUAACAAUGAAAUCCGUCUUGACUUGCAAUGUGUUUUCUUAUAAGUUAUUUUUAUUCUUGAUGGGAUUAGCUUGUCUGCUGGACUUCACGAAGGGAGCUGGCUUUAAAGAAUCCUGUUCAACCGACGCCGACUGUAAAGCGACCAAAGGCUCAUCUUGUCGGCCUAACGGCUGUCAAGGCUACAGGUGUCUAUGUAACAAAGGUCUAGUCUACGACAGAAGGGCUGUCGAGUGUCAAAAAGGCGUUGGUAUAGGGGACUCGUGCAUCAACAAUGAAAAAUGUCUGUCUGUCAUGGCCAUAUGUCAGACUGGCAUAUGCAAAUGCCAGGUGCACUUCCGGUAUGUCGAAGAGUUCCAGAAAUGUUCCUUCCCCACGGGCAACGUCAUUGGAGAGCUUUGUGUCACGAAGGAAAACUGCACAGACCCAAACGCCAAUUGCGUGAACGGCUACUGCGCAUGCGGACCCGGAUACCGCGUGAAGACGGAAGAAGAGUAUUGGAUAGACCCCAUGGAUCCGAACGAGUGCAUCGCCCAGGACUACUCUUUGUACUACUGCAGUGGAGCAUACGUCACUCCUGUGCCACCAAAAGCUCCAAUCCUGGCCGGAGAACCGUGUACCGGACCCAACCAAUGCGUGGCGUUUGCAUACUGCACGGCCAACAUCAGCGGCGUGUGUCUCUGCGACAGCAACCACUACAACGACGCCGGCACGUGCUAUGAGCGGCGCAAGGCCGGCGGUGCCUGUUUCGGUACCGGUCAGUGCGUCAUCAACUCGGAGUGUUCCUCCACCAUGGGCGGCACCUGCGACUGUAGGUCCGGCUACUACGCCAGCGGAGGGGUGUGUCUGGAAGCCAUCUGGCCACAGUUCGCCUGUACCGACUACGGUCAGUGUGUGGACAACGCUGAGUGCGCCGUGGGAGCCUCCGGUGUGUGCGAGUGUUUUGAAGGUUUCUUCCCCAACGUCACCGUCUGCUUGCCAGCUAUCCCAGCCGGCAAGUCUUGUUCAGCUCCUGGCCAAUGUGUGGCCAACGCCGAGUGCAUGAGCAAUACGUGUGUUUGUGAUAAGGGCUUCUACAACUUCAACGGUGUGUGCCGUGUGGCCAAGAGAGUCGGUGAAGCGUGUCGGAGCACAGUGGAGUGUGUCCAGCACUCCCAGUGCUCCAGAGCGGCCAACUACAAGUGUGCGUGUGACGCACAGUACUACCCAUUGAGUGGAUUCUGCGAGAAGAAGAUACCCCCGGAGAAGCCGUGCCCGUUUAAAGGCGCGUGUGUGCAGUACGCUGAGUGCGAUGCGGCGAAGGACGGCACGUGCAAAUGCAACGCUGGAUUUUUUCCUGUGCGGGAACAGUGUAAGACGGAGAUCGAUGCCGGACUGCCGUGUCCUAAACUGGGCACGUGCGUGGCCAACGCAGAGUGCACGGACAGCUCAGGAGGGACGUGCAACUGCACCAAAGGAUAUUUCAACGACAACGGCGUGUGUAAGGCUCAGAUCCCCGUGGGUCAGCAGUGUACCGGAAGUGGUCAGUGUGUGGUCAACGCCGAGUGCCAGACGCCGUUCGGUGGACUGUGCACGUGCAAUGAGCAGUACUACGCGGCUGGUCCUAACAACGGCCAGUGCUUUCCUUACAAGAAACCUGGGCAGGUGUGCUUGCCUGACGACAGGUGCAUCAAGAACUCCUACUGCGAUGAUGCGGUCAAGGGCAACUGUGAGUGCGGCGUCGCCUACUACGCCACGCCCGAGAAAUGCGAGCCCAGGAUCAAACCCAACAAAACCUGUCCGGGUAUAGACACGUGCAUCAAGAACGCCGAGUGCACCAACGGUGUGUGUGAGUGCACCGACGGCUACGUGGCGUGGGAGGAGAAGUGCCAGGUUCGGAUCCCGGUGCCGAAGGCGUGCGUGGCUGAAGGUCUCUGUGUAGUCAACGCCGAGUGCAGCGGCGGCACCUGCUCCUGUCUGGCAGGCUACUACGUCAAGGCAGGGAACUGCUUGCCUCUGGUCAACUCCACCCAGCCUUGCCACGACGGGGCUGGAACCUGCGUCGCCCACGCCGAGUGUGUGGGCGGGAGGUGCGUCUGUGACUCCGGCUACUACCCCAAGAGCGGCGGCUGCUUCCCUCUGAUCGUCCCCUCACAGCCCUGCGACGCCAUCGGCCAGUGCGUCACCAACGCGGAGUGCCAGAACGGGGAAUGCAAGUGUAACGAUGGUUACUACGCUAAAAAUAACUCCUGCCCGGCUCUAGUGCCGUCAACGAAACCCUGCGAUGCCGUGGAUGUUUGCGUGCGUAACGCCCAAUGCCAAGCUGGGGCGUGUGUCUGUGAUCAAGGCUACUUCCCCAAAAACGGCGCCUGCAAUAAACUCAUCGACCCCACCAAACUGUGCGACGGUGCGGGGCAGUGCAUCGCCAACGCGGAGUGCGUAGAGACGGUGUGCACGUGCAAUGCGGAUUAUUUCGUCAAGAAUGAGUUCUGUGAGGUGCGGUCCAACGCGAGCGCGCCCUGCCAGAACUUCCCCGGGGAGUGCGUCAACCACGCCAGGUGUGUGGCAGGUAAAUGCACCUGUGACGUCAACUUCUACGCUAAAGAUGGCGCCUGCAGGGUUGUCAACAACGCCACCCAGCCCUGUGAGGGCGGGAUCAGCGGUGAGUGCACGGACAACGCGCAGUGUGUGGGCGGGGCUUGUGCCUGCGACCUGAACUACUACAACCGCCAGGGCAAGUGUCAGCCACUGAUCAACGCGAGCAAGCCGUGCGAGGGCGUGGCCGGGGAGUGCGUGAGUGACGCGGCAUGCAGGGACGGGAAGUGCCAGUGUAAUGUCGGCUUCUACCCAAAGGCUGGGCUGUGCCAGACACUGAUCAAUGCAACACAGCCGUGCGACAACACACCUGGCGAGUGUGUUCAGCACGCCUCGUGUGUAGCCGGGGCGUGCGCCUGUGCGGCGGGCUACUACAACAAGAACGGCCAGUGUAACGUGCUGGUCAACUCGACACAGCCGUGUGACGGCACGCCGGGCGAGUGUGUCGCUAACGCUAAGUGUGACGGGAAGGUUUGCUCAUGUCUAGAGGGCUACUACGCUAAGCAGGGCAAGUGCGAAGUACUUCGGAAAGUCCCGGAGAGUUGCGAAAAUAUCGCAGGAGAAUGCGUGGAAUCGGCGUCUUGUGUUAAUGGGAAAUGUCAAUGUGAUGAAGGGUUUUUUGUCAAAGAUGGGGUUUGUUUACAGAAGAAAAAUGCCACAGAGAAAUGCCAAAACAUUCCUGGGGAAUGUGUCAACUUUGCAUCAUGCCAAGCUGGCGUCUGCACCUGCAACAACGGGUACUACUCAAGGUUGGGGAUAUGCCAGGAAAAGAUAAAUGCGACACAACUUUGUGAAGAUUUGCCUCUAGAGUGCACAGAAUUCGCCACUUGUGUGAAUGGAAGAUGUCGCUGUGACGAAGGGUACUAUGCUAAAUUUGGUACCUGCAAAGUCACAAUCCCAAGCAAAAAUACUUGCGAAGGAAUUCCAGGUGAAUGUACAACUAAUGCCCUGUGUGAGAGUGGUAUUUGUGUUUGUAACAAUGGAUAUUAUCCCAAGGCUGGCAAAUGUGAACAGAAAAUCAGAGCCAAAUCUCCAUGUGAAAACAUUUCUGAGGAAUGUGUCACAAAUGCAGAGUGUGUAUCAGGGAAAUGUGAGUGUGUUAAAGGCUACUUCCCCAAGGAUGGCUACUGCAGUGGGCUAAUCAACGCCACACAGCCUUGUGAGGAGGCAUUGGGAGGCUGUGUGGCCAAUGCUAAGUGCAUCAACUCGCUGUGUUCCUGUAUUGAUGACUACUACGCUAAACUUGGCCAGUGUCUUCCAGUCAUACCUGCUAAAGACCAAUGUGAGGGUAUACCAGGGGAGUGUACUGACUACGCCAACUGCAGCGGUGGAUCCUGUGUCUGUGUCCCCGGCUACUACGCCAAGCAAGGACUGUGUAAGGAAAACAUCAACGCCACACUCCCCUGUGAGGGGAUUAGUGGGGAGUGUGUCACCCAUGCAGCCUGUGUGGGGGCCGCAUGCAUCUGUAAUGAGGGCUACUAUGCAAGAAAAGGACUCUGUGAGAAGAAAAUUAACUCGUCGUCUAAAUGUGAAGGGGUUCCUAACGAGUGUGUUGACCAUGCUGUGUGCGAUGUCAAAGGCACAAUGCUGUGUUCAUGUGUUGAGAACUACUAUGCUAAAAAUGGAACGUGUCAGAAGAAUAUCAACGCAAGCAAGCCUUGCGAGGGCUUGCCGAACGAGUGCGUCAAGAAUGCAAAUUGUGAAAAAGGGGUAUGUGAAUGUGAAUACAGUUAUUACAAUCGUUUAGGGCUGUGUAAAGUUCUGCUUAACGCUACAUCACCAUGUGAGGGCAUUCUUGGUGAGUGUGUCAGUUUCGCUUCCUGCAUAGGGGACAUCUGUCUGUGUGAUGACAACUACUUCGCUAAACUUGGACAGUGUUACGUUAUAAAGAAUUCUACAGAACCUUGUGAAGGAUACGCUAAUGAAUGCACAAAAAACGCAGGAUGUGUUGCUGGUAAAUGUAUUUGUAAUGAAGGUUUCUAUGAUAAAUAUGGGAGGUGCGAAGGUCUGAAGAACGCAACAGAGCCGUGUGAGAAUAUAACAGGAGAGUGUACCAAACAUGCUCAAUGUAUUAAUGGAAUCUGUGAAUGCUUAGACGGAUUUUUCCCUAAAAAUGGAACUUGUCAGGUAGUGAAGAAAGCAGAGGAGACAUGUGAUGGUGGAGUUACAGGGGAGUGUGUGCCCAACUCUAAGUGCUUGAAAGGAAGUUGUUUGUGUGACCCUGGCUACUACGCUAAACUUGGUUCAUGUAAUGUUCUUAUAAAAGCUCAGAACCCUUGUGAGGGGAUUCCCAAUGAGUGUACACAGUUCGCUGAGUGCGUGAUGGGGAAGUGUACAUGUGUAGACUGGUUCUAUUCUAAAGAAGGAGAUUGUAACCCGUUAAUAAACGCAACAAACAAUUGUGAAUACACCCCUGGGGAGUGUGUCAGUAAUGCUACUUGUAUCGACAACUCCUGUCUAUGUGAUAAAGGCUACUACGCAAAAGACGGGCUUUGCUUCACACAUAUCCCUGCUCUAAAGCCAUGCGACUUUACCCCCAAUGAGUGUGUGGAGAAUGCGGACUGCGACCCAGACAUUUUGAUGUGUAGGUGUGGUAUUGAUUUUUACGAUCAAAACGGAACUUGUUUUGCCUUGAAAAAUGUGACAGAUACUUGUAUGGAAACACGUCAGUGUAUCCCCAACUCACAUUGUGAGGGAGGGGUGUGUGUCUGUGAUAACGGCUACUAUGAGAUGAAUAACGUGUGCCACAUGCUGGUCAAUGCUACCCUGCCGUGUACACUGACCAAGCAGUGUGUGAACCACAGCACGUGUAAGUCGGGUGUGUGCUCCUGUGACCUGGGAUACUUCCCUAAAGAUGGACAGUGCCAUGUGUGGCGCAAUGCCUCAGAUUCCUGCGACUCUCGUGGUCAGUGUGUGCCAAAUGCUGAAUGUGAGGAAACCAAUGGAGGAAUGUGUAUGUGCUUUGAUGGCUACUACAACCUGAAAGGCAGCUGCUUGCCUGUGUUGAAUGCCACAGUCAAUUGCAGUGAACUGGACACAUGUGUGGACAAUGCUGUGUGCCACUGGAACACUACAGGAAAAUGUGAAUGUCUACAUGACUUCUAUGUUGAUGAUGGUCUCUGUAAGAAAAGGAUUGUCCCCAAAGAUAAAUGCACAGGUAUCGGGCAGUGUAUUGAUAAUGCUGAAUGUAUCGGGCAGUGUAUUGAAAAUGCUGAAUGUAUCGGGCAGUGUAUUGAUAAUGCUGAAUGUAUCGGGCAGUGUAUUGAUAAUGCUGAAUGUACAUCACCUGUGCCAACGGGCAUCUGUCAGUGCAAUGAAGGAUAUUUUGUGAAGAAUUCCCUGUGUAAUCCACUGAUCAACGCCACCCAGCCAUGUGGGGGUCCAGGGGAGUGUGUGCCCCAUGCCCUGUGUAACAAUGCCACUGCCAAAUGUGAGUGCUUCAGGGGAUACUAUACAGAAAGUGGCCUGUGCCACAUAUUGAAGAAAGUAGAUGAGCCUUGUCAGAGAGAUGAGCAGUGUGUGAAAAGUGCUGAAUGUGUCCCAGCCAAAGAUGGCUUCUGCCAGUGUGUGGAUGGGUACUAUGACGAGGCAGGGAACUGUUUCAAGUGGAAGGUGCCAGGUCAAGGCUGUCUAGCAUACCACCAGUGUGUACCUAACUCAAACUGUAGCGCCACCAUUGGAGGGUUGUGUACCUGUGAUCCUGGGUACUUUGCCUCCAACAACACCUGUGAGAAGUUGAGGAAAGAGGGAGAGACGUGCAGUGCUACAGAACAGUGUAUACUAAAUGCUGUGUGUAAUAAAGGGAAAUGUAGCUGUGAGGAUGAAUAUUUCCCAUUGAAUGGUAACUGUUUACUGAGGAUCCGUGCCCGCCAAGAGUGUAAUGGUACUGGUCAGUGUGUGGCUAAUGCUGAGUGUGCCACCCUGACCUCUGGAAUGUUCUGUAAGUGUGAUGCUGGGUACUACAAUGACUCAGAGGGACAGUGUGCAGGAAUCAUCAAGCCCAACCAAGCAUGUACAGGCAAAGGUCAGUGUGUGGCCAAUGCCGAGUGUUCCCACGAUGUCUAUGGCUCCUGUAUCUGUGACCCCAGGUACUAUGUGGAGGACAGGAAGAAAUGUACACUCAAGAAACCUCCUCUCACAGUCUGUGUCGAGUCUGCUGAGUGUGUCUGGAACGCCAGCUGUCUAACAGCACAGUGCACCUGUGACCCAGGUUUUUUCCCUACAGAGAAAGACUGCCAGCCCUUGCUAGAUGUGGGCACACCCUGCACUGCAGCAGGCCAGUGUAAGAAUCUAUCUGAAUGCUCUACUACCAAAGGUGGGACAUGCACCUGUGUGAAUGGCUACUACAGGGAUGACAUUUUCUGUCUUAAAAAAGUGGAAGAGGGCCAGCUGUGUAACGAAACAAAACAGUGUGUGGACUUUUCUGUUUGUCAGCCUGCCAGAGCUUCCUCAGACUUCCACUGCUCCUGUAUUGUGGGAUAUUAUCCUUCGGAUGGCCACUGUUAUCCACAAAUUGAUGCAGGGAAUCCGUGUAACAGGUCGAUCCAGUGCACUACCAAUGCUGCGUGUGCUAGCCGCUUUGGUGGCCCAGACAUCUGUGUCUGUGGUGUGGACUACUACCAGUCCAAUGGCAAGUGUAAGGCCUUGAUUGCUGCUGACCUGCCCUGUAAGACCAACGCCAUGUGUACCCACAAUUCCACUUGCACACCUGACAUUCCAGAGAGCUUGUGCAGAUGUAACCCAAACUUCUACAAAGAGCGUGGUCUGUGUCGGCCUGAAAUCCCAGCAGGUUUUGAGUGUAAUAAAACAGAGCAGUGCACAAGUUUCUCUGUCUGUGUCCUCAAUAGCACCAGUGGACAGAAGGAGUGUAGUUGUAAUGAGCCCUACUACAAUGAAGAUGGAAAGUGUUUGAAAGACCUGACAGUUGGCACCAUGUGUGACGCCACGUACAAGUGUACGUCACACGCCACCUGCAGCUUCAACGGGUUCAUCCUGACCUGUACGUGUGACCCCGGGUACUUUGAGAAAGGUGGCAUGUGUGAGAGGAGGAAAAAUGUCACCAACCCCUGCACAGCACCUGGCCAGUGUAUAGAGGGGGCAGAGUGCAAGCUCGUUGGUCUCAGAGCUGAGUGCCAGUGUCUCCCAGACUACUUCCAGCAGGAUCUGACCUGUGUCAAGAGGAUCCCCCCCAGUGAGCUGUGCUCCGGCCUGGGCCAGUGUGUGAAGAAUGCUGAGUGUAAGACAGAGAACAGCACUGGAGUCUGUACAUGCAACACAGGAUUCUACCAAGUGGGCGAGGCUUGCUCUAAGCUGAUUGAUGCGGGGGAGGAGUGCCAUGUUGAUGGCUCCUGUGUACCCAAUGCCUUCUGUGAGGCUGUACCAGGGGGCAAGAUCUGCCAGUGCCAUGAGGACUACUACCAGGAGGGACCAAAGUGUCUGAAGAGGAUCAGCGCCACCUUGCCCUGUAUCAGAAUUGACCAGUGUAUCGCUGACGCUGACUGUGUCCGUGAGAGUGUACGUGGUGGCCGCGCCACUUUCACUUGCAGGUGUAAGGAAGGAUUCUACACGUCAGACCAGAAGCAGUGUGAGGUCUUGAAGAACGCCACCCUGCCUUGUACGGCUAAGGGUCAGUGCAUACCUGGUGCGGAGUGUAUCGGAACCACAGGUAACCAGACGUGUACCUGCACUGAAGAUUUCUACCAGGAAGAUUCGUUAUGUCACAGACUUAACAACGCCAGCCAGUCUUGUUCCAAUAAAGGCCAGUGUAUACCCAACGCUGAGUGUGUUGGGUUUUCACCUGGCGUGAAUGGAUCGUGUACCUGUAACCCAGGAUACUACCAGGACGGUACAGAGUGUAAGGUGUUGAUCAAUGCCACCUUGCCGUGUGUGGACACCUACCAGUGCAUCAACGGGGCGUCCUGCCAGGAUGUGAAAGGCAGGCGUAAGUGUGUUUGUGACAAGGAGUUCUUUGAAGAUGAGAUGAUAUGCAAGCCCUUGUUGAAUGCCAGCAGUCCUUGCUUCAGGCCUGGCCAGUGUAUCCCUGGUGCAGAGUGUGUCACAGACCUAUCUAACCCAGGCUCUAAAGUCUGUAACUGUACUACAGGUUUCUACGAGGACAGUGGUCACAUUUGUCAGGAGUUAAUCAAUGCUAGUUCCCCUUGUGAUGCAGACUUCCAGUGUAUUAGAGGAGCGGAGUGUAAGGAAAUAGCCCCGGGGGUGAAGAAUUGUGUUUGUAAAGCUGAUUCUUAUUACGAAGACAGCACCAAUAAAUGCCAGCUGCUCAUCAACUCCAGCAGUCCCUGCACUAAUGUAGGACAGUGCGUACACGGGGCAGAGUGCCAGGUGAAUAAAACCACAGGGGUCAGGAGUUGUACAUGUUUGACUGGUUAUUACGAAGACCCCCUUGAUACUUUGUGUAAGGUGUUAAAAAACGUGACGACUCCUUGUGAGUGGAAUGGUCAAUGUGUGACAGGAGCCUUGUGUGUGAGCAGUGGCAACCAGUCUUCGUGUGUUUGUAUAGAUGAGCAGUACUACGAGGAGAACAAUAUCUGUAAGGUCAGGAUCAAUGCCACCUCUCCAUGCUCAGACAGCAGGCAGUGUAUCAAAGGUGCAUCUUGUGCUAGAAAUGGGACAGACAUGAAGUGUGAGUGUGUGGAUGGAUAUUACAUGGACCAGUUCUUGUGCCAUCCACUUAUCAACGCAUCCAAUCCAUGUGCUGGAAAAGGUCAGUGUGUCAAAGGUGCAGAAUGUCAAGGCCAAGCUGGCAACUCUAGUUGUGUCUGUUUGCCAGAUUUUUACCAGGAUGGGUUAAAAUGUGAACCUUUGAAGAAUGCUUCAACUCCAUGUGUAGAGAGCAGGGAGUGCAUCAAGGAGGCGGAGUGUAAGCUGGAGCCCUUCAGCAUGCAGUGGGUGUGUCAGUGUAGGAAGGGAUUCUAUGAAGAUGACAGUCUGUGUAAGGUGGUCAUCAACGCCACGCUGCCGUGUACAGGUGUUGGUCAAUGUGUAGAUGGCGCUGAGUGUGCUGAUCAAGAUGGCGCAGGGAAAAGUUGUCAGUGUCUUGACACCCACUACACUGAGGGUUUGAGCUGUUUGUUGCUGAAGAAUGCUUCUAAUGACUGUGAUAGAGAUGAGCAGUGUAUUCCCGGGGCUUUGUGUAAGGAUAUGUCCAACACAACAUCUGGUCCAGUGUGUGUGUGCCAGGAAGGAUUCUACCAGAAGGGGGAUUUGUGCUACAGGCUGAUUAACGCCACAGAGGCCUGUGAACCAGGAGACGAGUGCGUCUCUGGCGCCAGGUGUAGCCUCGCAGGACAUAACGGCACCUGCCAGUGUGUCAAGGGGUUCUACAGAGAAGGGAAGGCCUGCCUGGUGUUGAAGAACGCCACUGAGGACUGCAUGUCUGAUGUCCAGUGUGUUGAGGGCGCCAGGUGUCUCAGACCUAUGGAUGCCCAGACUUGCACUUGUGUGGGGGAGUAUUUCCAGUACGACAAAAUCUGCAAGAAAUACGUCAACGCUACCGACCCGUGUGACAGCAAGGACAAGUGUGUGAAAAAUGCUGUCUGUGCUGUAAAUGUAUUUAGCCAGUCUUUCUGCGAGUGCUUGCCUGAUUAUUAUGAAGAAAAUGAAUUCUGUGUGAAGCGAAUAAACGCAGGGUUAACCUGCGCUAAAAAUGGUACAUGCACCAUCGGAGCAGAGUGUUCAUCUAACCUUGUGUGUGAGUGUACACCAGAAUACUACCAGCAAGGGGCUGUGUGUACCCCCCUGAUCAACGCCACCCUACCCUGUGACAUGACGGCCCACUGUGUGGAGAACGCCAUCUGCACCGGGCUCCCCACUACCUGUCAGUGCCAGAAGGAAUUCUUCGAGACAAACGGCAAGUGUAAGAAAAGUAUAGACGCAGGAGACUUGUGUCCCAGAGUUGGAACCUGCACAUCCAAUGCUGAGUGCAACAUCACAGGAACUGGCGUUUGUGAGUGUCUCAAAGGGUUUUAUGAGGACCAAGGGGACUGUAAGGAGCUGGUUAAGGUGGAUAAUCCAUGUUCAGGGCCUGGCCAGUGUGUAGCUAAUGCUACAUGUGAGCCCCCUCUGUUACAAUGUCAGUGUAGGCCAGGAUUUUACUCCCAUGAAGGUCUGUGUUUCUUGUUGAGAAAGCCAAAAGAAAACUGUACCUCCAGCAAGCAAUGUGUGGACAACGCUGUCUGUUCUGGAAGUCCAGCGCCAGCUUGUGAAUGUCUCCCAGAUUUCUACAUGUUAGGUGGUGUUUGUGAAAGACGCAUCAACUCCUCCCAGAUGUGUAACUCCAGCUCCCAGUGUGUGCACAACGCCACGUGUUACGGAGACGCCGAAACCAAGAACUGCAAGUGUGACCCAGGGUUCUAUGAAAGACAAGGUCUGUGUCACGUUGUCAUUAAACCUGACCACCCUUGUGAGCCUGGGCUGGUCUCACAGUGUGUCGACAACGCUGAAUGUCACACAGGUUCUCAACUCUGCAAGUGUCACCCAGACUUCUACAAUGAGACGGACCAGUGCGUCAAGCUUAAAGUAUCUGAAGAACCUUGCACUGAAACAAGACAGUGUGUUAAGAACGCGACGUGCUCAAUCACGACACAUCAGUGUAAAUGUGAUGUUGGUUUCUACCCUGAUAAAAACGGCCACUGUCAGGGUUUGAUUGAGACAGGCCAGGCUUGUAAUGAAAGCCUACAGUGUACAUACAACGCCAGCUGUUCCGUCCUCAACAAGCUGUGUGAAUGUGACCUUGGCUUCUACAACACCUCAGGUCACUGUGAGAAGUUGGUGGACGCAGGGGUGUCGUGUAAUGACAGCAGACAGUGUACAUUCAACUCCACAUGCUCACCCACCUCCAAGACUUGUGAAUGUGGGAGAGAUUUUUACAACAACAACGGCAAAUGUGAUGAACUGUUGAGGAUCAAAAGUGGUUGCUAUGAUACCAGACAGUGCACCCAUAAUGCUGAGUGCUCUCCCAUGACAUCAGAAUGUGAAUGUUUUGUUGGUUACUAUGACGACAGCACAGGGCUGUGCCAGGAUUUGAUAAAAUCUGGAGUCAAAUGUACAGAAACACGCCAGUGUACGUUUAAUUCGACCUGCUCUCCACAGACUGGUAGGUGUGAGUGUAACCUGGGGUUUUAUAAAAACUCAAACCAAGACUGUGAGGAGCUUGAAAAAGUAGGAUCGCCAUGCAACGAAACAAUUCAAUGCACAUUUAAUGCUAACUGCAGUGAGGAUAAGACAGGUGUUAGAAGAUGUCAGUGUGAGUAUGAUUAUUAUGACACAGACGGUAAAUGUGUUGGCCUGAUCCCUGCGUCCAAACCAUGCAACCAGACACGCCAGUGUACCCAUAACUCAAAGUGCGAUCCAGUAUCAGCCCAAUGCAAAUGUGAUAAGGGCUACUACGAGGACACCUCUGGGAAGUGCACCAAGCUAAUUCUGGCAGGGGUCCUGUGUAACUCAUCCAGCCAGUGUACAGACUUUGCCAACUGCGAGGGGGACCCUGCUACCUGCGAGUGUAUUGACGGCUACUUCAGCAUGCUGGGCUACUGCACUGACCUGCUCAAGGUAGACCAGACCUGUAACGACACACAACAGUGUGUGGCUGAUGCUGACUGUGUUGUACACGCCAACGGUCAGAAGUCAUGUCAGUGCCAUGUGGAUUUCUACAGUGACAAUGGUGUCUGUCAUGAGAAGAUCAAAGCUGGGGUUAACUGCACUGACAGCCGACAGUGUGGGAACUUCUCAAUCUGCUCACCUACAUCAGGCACGUGCGAGUGUUUGAGUGAGUACUACAACGACACAGGCACCUGUUACAAGCGCCUCCCUGUGGAUGAGAAAUGCAGCCAGACGUACCAGUGUACUCACUACGCCAACUGCAGCGCUAAAGGUGUGUGCGAGUGCUCACCUACGCACUACAACACAAGUGGGGUGUGUAAGGAACGUGUGGGGGCAGAGGAAACCAAAUGCGAGAACAGCCAUCAAUGUAUUCAAAACUCUGUCUGCGAUAUUGCAACCGGUACUUGUAAGUGCCUUCCUGACUUCUACGACCAAAAUAGCCAGUGUGUCCAACGUAUCGAGGCUUAUGAUAAAUGUAACCAAACAAAACAAUGUACACAAAACUCAAACUGCACACAGCGAGGUGUGUGCGAGUGCCACAGUAAUUUUUACAACACUACUGGCAAAUGUGUGGAGAGGAUCAAGACAGAUAACUCUUGCCAGACAACCCAUCAGUGCACGCUCUUCAGUAUCUGUGAUGAAAAAGCUGGAGUGUGUAAAUGUCUACCUGACUUCUACAACACAUCUGGGGAGUGUGUCAAGAGGGUGGAAACAGAUGCCAAGUGCACACUAACGCACCAGUGCACCCACUUUGCCACCUGUGAGUCGCCUGGUGUGUGUAAGUGUCUGCCCAACUACUACAACACCUCUGGGGUAUGCGUAGAAAGAAUCCCAGUCCAGCAGUCCUGCAACUCUUCCCAUCAGUGUACCCUGUUCUCAAACUGUUCCAAAGACGGAGUCUGCCAGUGCUUCCCAGAUUAUUACAACUCAUCUCUUGAAUGUGUGAAGCGUGUACCAGCAGAGAAAUCAUGCGCUGACACGCACCAAUGCACGCUGCAUUCCUUAUGCCACCCUGUCACCAAAACAUGUCAAUGUGAGCCAUCAUACUACAACGAACAGGGUACGUGUUUACUCAGGCGUGAAGCAGAAGGCCAAUGUAAGGCCACGUAUGAAUGUACACACAACUCCACAUGUGUUAUGGGGGUGUGUAAGUGCCAGCAUCAAUUCUACAAUGAAUCAGGGGUGUGUUCAUUGCGUGUAGAAGCUGAAGCAGCGUGUAACCACACAUACCAGUGUACCCACAAUUCCCAGUGCGAUGAGGUCAAGGACGUGUGCAGGUGUUUACCCUCCUUCUAUAAUGAGAGUGGUGUGUGUAAGCCCAGGAUACUGACAGACAGCAAGUGUAAGGAAAGCUACGAGUGUACACAUCACUCACUGUGCUCACCUAUCACAGGUACGUGUAAGUGUGUAGAUGAGUACUACAACCAGACAGGCAUGUGCAUCAUACGAGUCAACGAGAGCGCCCCCUGUGUGACGACUCACCAAUGCACACAACAUGCUUUCUGUGACAGGUACACUGACACCUGCCUCUGUCACCCAGACUUCUACAGCAGCUCCGGCCAAUGCUUGGACAGGAAACUGACCGGUGUCAUAUGCGUGACGACCCACGAGUGCACGCACCACUCCUCGUGUGAACAGGACACCAACACCUGUGAGUGCCACCCGUCUCACUACAACAUGUCUGGCUUGUGCUACGAACGCCUGGAUGUAGGAAAACUCUGCCAGGAGACCCAUCAAUGUACUCACAACUCUUUCUGUGACCCCACCAGUAAGAAAUGUGAAUGUUUCACAGAUUUUUACAACGAUAAAGGUAAAUGUGUUACAAGAAUCAAAGCAGAAGAGGACUGUACUGGUACGUAUCAGUGUACCCAUAAUUCAACUUGUUCUAAACUGGAGGACGUAUGUAAGUGUUUACCUGGUUUCUAUAACAACGCUGGCAGCUGUGUAUCGCGUAUUGGUGCGGGUGACACCUGUAACCACACUGACCAGUGUACCCACAAUUCAGUUUGUUCAGGAGAAACAGGCGUGUGUCAGUGUUUUCAUGAGUACUUCAACGAGUCUGGGGAGUGUAAGCCUCGCAAACAAGCCCAGGUUGCCUGUCAGGAGUCGUACCAGUGUACCCAUAAUGCAGUCUGCGACCCUGGAACCAAAACUUGUAAGUGUCUAGAGAACUUCUACAACGAAACAGCUGGCAACUGUCUCCCUAGGAUCAGAUCCAGCGCCAAAUGUCUGUACACAUACCAGUGUGUUCACAACGCACUCUGUGACCUGUUCACAACAAAGUGCAUCUGUCUGGACGAGUUCUACGACACACCUGAAGGCCACUGUGUCACCAGGUUCAAAGUGGACUCACCCUGCAAUACAACUGACCAGUGCACGGCCAACGCAGUGUGUGACGCAGCGACGCACACAUGUAAAUGUAAAGAGUCCCAUUACAACGAGUCAGGGUUAUGUAUCACGAGACUGUCUGUAGGGGACAACACCAAACCACCUGACACCUGCCUCAACACCUACCAGUGCACCCACAAUGCAACCUGCCACCCCUACUUGAGGAAGUGUGAGUGCCUCCCACACUUCUACAACGAGAGUGGGUUCUGCAAGGACAGAAUCACAGCUGGGAACUACUGCAGGGAGGACUACCAAUGUACCCUCAACUCUACCUGCAACCUGCUAGCCAGGCAGUGCCAGUGUUUACAUGGUUACUAUGACGACAAGAGUGGGCUGUGCCAGGUGAAGCUUGUUGCGGGGGCCUCUUGUAAUGAGACUCACCAAUGCACAUUUGAUGCUGACUGUGUGGCCCCUAAGGUGAAGCCCCGCCCCUUCUACAACUCGACCAGUGGGGUGGUGGUGGAUGCUGGUAGUGACCUGACCUGCCAGUGUAGGGAUUUGUUCUACCAGAAUGGAACCAAGUGUCAUCCAUCCAAGGGCCCAGGUAAACCUUGUACAGGCUUUGGCCAGUGUGUCCACAAUGCAGAGUGCCAGACCCCUUAUGGGGGUCUCUGUAUGUGUGCUGAGACCCACUACCCAGAGGGGGACGCGUGUCCGCCUAGAAAACCACCCCUGAUGCCUUGUACCCAAGAUCUACAGUGUGUCUUUAAUGCUACAUGUGACAAGGUUACUGAUGUGUGCAAGUGUAAAAAGGGAUUUUUCGAGACAUCAACUGAAUGUGUGACUAGUGUUCCUGCUGGUAAAAACUGUUCAGCCAUUGGUCAGUGUGUUGACUUUGCUGAGUGCAACUUGGCCAGCCAGACCUGCAUCUGUCUCAGAGACUACUACGAUGCUGGUGGCUCCUGCUACCCCAAGGUACCAGCAGGCAGUCCCUGCACCGGUGCUGGACAGUGCGUGAACAACUCGGUGUGCAACAUGACACAAUCACAGUGCGAGUGUCUGUCUGAGUUCUACAAUGACUACGGCACAUGUAAGAAGAGGAUUGUUGUAGGCAAGUACUGUGACAACUUUGGCCAGUGUGUCCACAACUCCGAGUGUGACAUCCAGACCAGCCUCUGUGUGUGUAACGCUGACUUCUACAGGGCUGGGGAGGAGUGUAAGCCUAGGGUUGAUGCUGGUAAGAACUGCACUCAACUUGGCCAGUGCACACAUUUUGCUGAAUGUAAUUUGUCUAAAAUGGAAUGCUCAUGUAAAGCUGAGUACUACAAUAAUAACGGUCACUGUGACACAAGGAUUAAAGCAGAACAGAAGUGUACAGCGUUAGAUCAGUGUAUAAAGAACUCUGAGUGUAAUUUGACCACUGGUCAGUGUGAAUGUAACAUUGGGUUCUUUGCGAAGAAUGGAGAGUGCAGCGUUCUACUUGACCAUGGGUCAGUGUGCGACAAAGAAGGUCAGUGCAUGUUUAAUUCUUCAUGUGAGUUUGUCAGCAAGUACGUGAAAAACUGUAUCUGCCAUAAGGACUUUUACGUGGACAAAGGCAAGUGUAGAGAAAGGAUAGGAGCCAAGCAGCCGUGUCAGGGAUUUGGUAUGUGUGUGGCUGAUGCUGAGUGCUCAGCCUCAACAAACUUGUGUGAGUGCAAGGCUGGGUUCUACGUCAGCUCCACCAACAGCAGUAAGAGCCUCUGUGUGGAGCUGGUGGACGCAGGCAAGACCUGCUCCCUGCAGGGCACCUGCGUGGCACACGCCACCUGUUCCGCCAACAACACCUGCGAGUGUGACGACGCCUACUUUAAUUUAAACGGCAACUGCAGGUUGUUGACUUUACCAGAACGUCCGUGUGAUAUGUUGACUGACAAGUGUGUUGAGCACGCUGAAUGUGUAAAUGGCAACUCAUCCAGUACCAUAUUUCUAGACCAGUCCAUGGCCUUUUAUCCUCGGUUGAACGCUCAACAAUCAACCACCUGUAAAUGUGUGGACGGUUACUUCCCAUUUAAUGGCCAGUGUGUGCCUGACAAAAAAGCAGGUGAGAAGUGUUGGGGCGUUGGGAUGUGCAUCACCGGGUCAUUCUGCUCCGCCAGCGAUGGCUGGACAUGCAGGUGUGAGGACAGGUAUUACAGAGACGCAGCUGACCUGUGCAGGACUCGCAUCAUAGCUGGGAAAAACUGCUCAGCGCUCGGACAGUGCAUCGCGUUUGCUGAAUGUAACCUGACGUCAUCGACGUGUGUGUGCGACCGCGACUACUACCAAGACAAGCAAGACAAAUGCCAGCCAAGGAUUAGAGCUGAGCUGCCCUGCACUAACAUAGGCCAGUGUAUUCACAACGCUGAGUGCGACGUCAAGACCCUCCAGUGUGUGUGUGCUGCUGGGUACUACAAUGAAGCUGGCUCGUGUCUGGAGAGGAAGAAAGCAGGUCGUGAAUGCGCCCGGCUGGGUCAGUGCGUGGCUAACGCUGAGUGCAACACCACCACAGGGUUCUGCGACUGCAACCUGGGCUACUACAACGAGGCAGGCGCCUGCAGGACUCUAAAACCUGCAGGCGAGGCGUGUAAAUCUUCCAGCCAGUGCACGUUCCAUGCGGACUGUGUCAGCCUGGCCAGUAGCCAGCUGUGUAAAUGUCAGGCGGAUUACUUCCCUGAGCUAGGCAAAUGUCACCUGAAGAUUGGGCCAGGGAUGGAGUGCAGGAACCUGGGUCAGUGUGUCAGUCAUGCGGAGUGUGACCCUGUCUCUUCUGUCUGUGUGUGUGGGAAAGGGUUCUAUGCGGAGGUCUUACAGGGUGAUCCACGAGGAAAAUGUUUACCUUUGAUAAAGGCUGAAGAAAAAUGUACCAGAAAUGGAACAUGCACAGACAACUCUGUUUGUGAUGGUGGUGUGUGUACCUGUGUAGGACCAUACUAUGCCAGAGAUGGGAGCUGUAACAACUUCCUCAAGCCUGGCACCCCCUGUGAUGACAAGGACACCUGCGUGGAGCUCAGCUCCUGUGAGAAAGUCUCCAAUGUUUCUUUAAGGACUGAGUGCAAGUGUAUUCCAGGAUAUUUUGCCCAUAACCAGGAAUGUCUGGAAGUGUUAAAAGCUGGGCAGCCAUGUUGGGGGCGUGGCCAGUGUGUGGAUGGUGCAGAAUGUCGCGCUGACCUGGGCUGGGUGUGCACUUGUGGAUCAGCUUACUACGAGGAUAACUAUGGCUUCUGCUACAGAUUUAAAAGGGAAGGAACUCCAUGUAACGCCACCUAUGAAUGUACAGCGAACACAGAUUGUCGCGAUGAUGUCAACAAUGUGAAUGAUGUGCUGGGUAAAGAGGAGGUUCUGUGUCGCUGUAUCAACAACUUCAUCCCAAUAGAAGGCUUGUGUGUUGUUGACCCCUCUACAGAAGCAGGAUCUUCUGUACCUGAUGUUGUGCUUAUCUCUUCCAUUAUUGCUGCUUUGUUUUUCCUGCUAUUGCUGUUUGCUUUGUUCCUUAUUUUGUUCAGGAGAAGGAAACAAAAACGCAAGGAAGUGGACGAGUCUAUGAGUUCCAUGUCUGACAGUGCCAGCAUGGCUAGCACCCUCAAGCCUCCCCGUCCUUACCUAGGCUACGCUGUCCCAUUCUACAUGCCCCCUCCCCCCUCCAUCAACAGUGGCAAUGGCAAGUCCCCAGUGUCAGACAUGACCCUAGAGUUCUACAAACCUAAGAAAGGUGGUGGGGGCAAAAGUCAGGAUGUGAUCAGUGCCUCUAUGAACCUAGAUGAAGAGGAAAUCUAA